AUAGUUGACGCGAACUCCACACAGCAGAGAAAAGGUCUACAGAAUUGACUUUUGUGAGACUGCACAGAGCUAGAGAAAAGAUGCCAUUGGGUAUGGCAGUGUACAUCCUAGCGGCCCUCUGCGCCGCCAUGUUGAGUCCAGCUCCAGUCCAGGCAGCGGCUGAAGUGACGGCUCCUGCGGGAAGACUUGUCGGGCUGGAGCAGGACGUGUUCGGGACGACAGUUCACGCCUUCCUCGGGAUCCCCUUCGCACACCCUCCAGUCGGCAACCGGCGUUUUCGGCGAGCUGAACACCUGCCGCCGUGGGACGGAGUCUACAAUGCUACAACAAAUCCGAAUGCGUGCAUUCAAGCAACCGACGAUCCCGUGGGACCACCCCCAAACAAUCCGACCAGUGAGGACUGUCUGUACCUAAACAUCUACCGGCCAACCGCUGUAUCUACCGGAGCAGCUGUCAUGGUCUGGAUUCACGGAGGUGCAUUCAUAAGCGGGGCUGGUGCCAUUUACUAUGGCGGGAUUCUUGCUGCCACGGAAGGAGUGAUCGUGGUGACCGUUAACUAUCGUCUCAACGUGCUGGGGUUCCUGUGCACAGGAACUGAUGACGCGCCCGGAAACAUGGGUCUGACGGACCAGUUACUGGCCCUCCAGUGGGUACAGGACAACAUCCCAUCUUUCGGGGGCGAUUCGUCCAAGGUGACCAUUUUCGGGGAAAGUGCGGGUGCGGUGAGUGUAGGUCAUCAUCUACUGUCACCGGAAAGCAGAAACGUCUUCAGUCGGGCCAUUCUGGAGAGUGGAACCGCCUUGCUGCCGGGCACACUCGAUACCAUGUCCGGCGCUAACGACAAGGCCAUGGCGUUUUCCGAAAGUCUCGGCUGCCCAACUGAUCAAGGUACAGCUGCACUACUGACGUGUCUACGGUCUAAAGAUGCCCAACAGUUCGCAACAUCAGCAACUGAAUUAUACCCAGUCGCGGACGAUGUCUUUAUACCAGCAAACCCAGCAAAAGCGCUAGAAGACGGCAUGUUCAAAAGAGCUGACAUUCUGAUAGGGGCCAACACAAAUGAAGGCGUUUUUCUCCUUGGCCUUUUCGGCUACAGUGCUGAAACCCUGGGUUCCAUCGAUGGGGAACAAUUUAUGCAGGCACUGAACUCAGCGAUUCCAGCAGAGGUCAAUGAGUUGGCAGUGGAGGCAAUCGUGUUCCAGUACACCAACUGGCUUCACCCUGACGCUGACACCAGGUAUCGGGACAUCCUGGAUGCUGCGAGCGGAGAUUAUUCCUUCGUUUGCCCCGCUGUUACCACGGCACUCGCCCAUGCCCGUUACGGCACCAACGUGUACAUGUACGAAUUCGGUUAUCGCCCGUCUACGUCAACUUUUCCCGACUGGGUUGUAGCAAGCCACGGUGAGGAGAUCCAGUUCUGGUUGGGGCUGCCCGUGGUCCCGGCCUAUGGCUACAGCACGGAAGAUGCCGAGGUAUCUCGUAGGAUGAUGAGACACUGGGGAAACUUUGCCAAAACAGGCGACCCAAACGACAACAACAACGAGCCAGCGUGGAACCCUUUCACCGAGACUGACAGAGCCUACUUGCUUCUCGAUGGGAGGGACCCUAAGAUGAUGAACGGAUGGAAGACUACUGAGUGUGCCAUGUGGGAUGUCUACAUCCCGUCUCUCGUCAACAAAACAGGCUCUCAAGGCCCCAUGACAUCAGAGCCCGUCCAGUGCCAGACUACCACAGAAGUUGUCGCCCCGGCAGUUUGGGGACAGAGUCUGACACUGGCUCUUCUCUUCAACCUCAUCAAGGACGUCAUCAGCUUCGUCACGACCAUCUUCGUGCUGUGAGAGAUGAUGACGUCAUCAGCUUCGUCACGACUAUCUUCGUGCUGUGAAACCUUGUAUGCUUAAUGAAACGUAGGGCUUUCGACCAGAAAGUUUUGUAGGCUGAAAUAAAUGGUUUGUGAUAACCUGUCAUAUUGCUGACCCUAUGUGUUACAUUGAAAAGAUUUUGUAAUGAUUCACCAAAAGGAAUUUAGUUUCACCUAAAUGAAAUCUUCAUUUGGAAGGAUAUUCACACUAACUGAAUUUUUCUCAAACAUGACUGUUUUGUUGCUGUGAUUUGUGUUGUUUUCCUUUGAAACGUUUGCUGCUGUGCUGUGUUAAUAAAUCCUUCUAUCACUUAA